UUCCUUCCCGUAUUCAUGCUGUUCAAUACAGUGUAGUAAAUGCUUCCCGUGCUUUUAAUAAGCCACCCAAAAUUCCCAUACAUGAUAGCAGCAGCAUAAGCAGGAUACAUUUUUUGAUCUUUACAUUGUGAAUUCUGCUAGCAAAGAAAAAAAUAAACAGCUGUGCAACGGGUAUUUUCUGCACCACCCAAAUCCUGUUUUCUAAUUUAUACUAAACUUUGCACAUCUGUUGAUCCAUAGAGCUGGAUUUCUCAUGCUCGUUUUCCACUCCAGGGAAAUCCAUGGGGGGGGGCGCGCGUGCAGAACCCCGGUUUCGAAUGCUGAAUUUGCAAAUUUAAAUUCGGUGAAUUGAAUAUUGAAUUUCACCCUGAGAAGCCGUGGGUCUUUCGGGCUGUCAAGCUCGGCCUUAGUGUUGUGGUCUGCCGGCAGCCUGCGGAGCUGGCAACCGAGUCGGACAGCGAUGUGGCCAAGAAAGAGCAUGGGCCAGUCCUGGAGGCUGGGGAAGGCCCAGAUGAAGGCUCUGCAUCGGAGGCUGAGGUGGGGCCAAGGCAAUCGGGGGUGGUGGUGGUGGUGGUGAGGUGCAGACUCCAGAAGCUCCAGAGGCUGACAGUAGUGAGGCAGAGGAACAAGAGGAGCCUGUUCCUAAUACACGCAUGAGAAGAGCUGCCAGAAGGCAAGAGCAGCUCAAGCAAAAAGGACGACUCGGGAGAAGGGCCAAGAGAUGAUUGGCCCCUCCCAUAAGGCUUAAAACCGACCAUCAACGACGUUUGGGCUUUGCCGGAAAACAACAUUGAUAGCUUCAUCUUCUUGCAUUUAUUUUUGUAUCGGUGACUUCUGAACGUUUGCCAAGAAAGGCCUUUGGCAGUUUGCCUAAUUGGACCAAGGUUGGUGAUAGGACUGAGGAAUUUGUGUCGGGAGGAAUUUGCUUUAAUUUAGUUGAACGAUGCUGGGAAUGAAGUAAUUCUCAGCUAUUCGAAUAAAGUUUGUUUUUUUUCACUGACUGAGUUUCCUCCUGCCUACUUGGGUGUAGGACACAACUCUUAGUUUGUCUGUUAAGGUGACUGCUUGCCAGAUGACCGAGCGAGAUCGGGGCUGGCCACCUGCGGUUCCAUCUUUCAGCAAUUUUGAGGCCUGAAACCAAAUCCUUUGCAGAUUCACAGAUAAGCAUGCUGUUAAUUGCUUCGCCACCUGCUGUCUUGAGUGUCUUCUUCGCAAUAGACCAGGACUCAGUCUGCAAAGUAUCACGGAUUGGUAAAUGACAAGAACAGGUGCAGAACUGGGCAGCCGGUCAGUUGUUUUUUUUUAAAAAAAAGUCUCCUACCUCCUACUCUUUAGCAUCCCGGUUUUUCCAGUUGGCUGCUAUCGUUGGGACUUUAUUGACGUUAAGCUCUCCUCUUGUUACUCUUAUUCCUGGCACUUGGGUUUUUCUUGAGCAGAGACUUGAUGUGGCACCCGAGGGUUCGCAGUGCAAGUCCUCCUGGGCUAUGUUUGCGUGUUUGUUGAAUAUAUUGCAAAAUACUCGCUUGGACGGAAGGGUUCGCUUGGCCCCAUGUUUGUGGUGCAGUUCACAGGGCUAAACCCGCUGCCCUCCGACCUUGGUAUCAGCCACCCCCUGCCACCAAGCAACAGGGCAGGAUUUGCUGAAAAUGAAGGGAAGGCAAGCCAGAAGCGGAAGCCGGACAACAUCCAAACGCUGAAUCUUGACUCUCCUCCGAUGGACUUGGGCAUGUCUGACGCAGCAGCCUGGACCACCGCGAUGAAUAAUUUAGGGAUGGCUCCAAUGGGAAUGACAGCAGAUCCCCCUUUACCUAACUUCGACCCCGCCCUGGGAAUGAUGACGGGCAUCCCGCCGAUUAAUCCCCUGAUGCCUGGCUUGGGAAUUGUGCCACCGCCCAUCCUGUCCGAUAUGCCGGUGGCCAAGGAGAUCGUUCACUGCAAAAGCUGCACGCUCUUCCCACCUAAUCCGAAUCUUCCUCCUCCCACGACAAGGGAGAGGCCUCCUGGGUGCAAGACGGUGUUCGUUGGGGGGCUGCCAGAAAAUGGGACCGAAGAGACCAUCGUGGAGAUUUUUGAGAAGUGCGGAGAGAUCAUCGCUCUUCGGAAGAGUAAAAAACACUUCUGCCAUAUCCGUUUUGCUGAGGAAUAUAUGGUGGAUAAAGCAGUUUAUCUGUCAGGUUAUCGCAUCCGGCUGGGUUCCAGCACCGACAAAAAGGAUACGGGACGCCUCCAUGUGGAUUUUGCUGAAGCCCGGGACGAUCUCUACGAGUGGGAAUGCAAGCAGCGGAUGCUGGCUAGAGAAGAGCGCCAUCGCAAGAGGAAGACGGAAGAGCGAUUCCUCCCGCCUUCCCCGCCUCCCGUGGUGAACUAUUCAGAUUAUGAGUGCAGCCUGGUGGUUGAGAAGCUAAAAGUGGAUGCCAAGUUUUUGGAAGCCGUCCAGACGUUGCUGGCCUGGCUGGAGAGGGGGGAAGUGAACCGGCGGACGGCCAACAGCUUCUACACCAUGGUCCAAUCGGUCAACAGCCACAUCCGCCGGCUGAUGAAUGAAAAAGCGGCCCACGAUAAGGAAAUGGAGGAAGCUAAGGAGAAGUUCAAGCUGGCUUUGUCGGGGAUCCUUGCUCAGUUCGAGCAGAUCGUGGCCGUGUACCAUUCUGCCUGCAAACAAAAGGCCUGGGACCAUUUCACGAAAGCGCAGCGUAAGAACAUCAGCGUGUGGUGCAAGCAAGCCGAGGAACUCCGUAACCUUCACAACGAUGAACUGAUGGACAUUCGCAGAGAGGAGGCUAUGGAGAUGUCUGAUGAUGAAACAGAGUCACCUGAGAUCAAAGAAACCGAAGAGUCAGUUUUAGUUUCACAAACAGAAGCGCUGAAGGAAGAAAACAACAGCUUACGGUGCCAGCUGGACGCCUACCGAAACGAAGUCGAGCUCUUGAAGCAGGAGCAGGGCAGAGCGGGGCGAGAAGAUGACCCCAGCAAGGAUCAGCAGCAGCUGAAAAUCCUCCAGCAGACUUUACAAGGAAUGCAGCAGCAUCUUCAGAAACUGCAGCAGGACUGUGAAAGAAGAGAAGCUGAAUUGGAAAAAGCGAAAGAAGAAAAAUUACAGCUUGACAAAUUGCUUGAGAGACUGAAGGAAAAGCAAGAACAGGCAGCUGGAUCUGACAGAGAGAAAGACUCAACGGAAGCUGAAGAUCAAGUAGACAGUGACUUGUCAAGCAUUUGCUCAAAGAGUCCAGAGAAGGAAAGGCUGCUUGAGAAAGGACUUCACUGCAACCCUUUAAGAUUGGAGAGGGAAGCUUUACUAGUGGGGAUCAUCUCAACAUUUCUGCACGUUCAUCCUUUUGGGGCAAGCAUCGAAUACAUCUGUUCCUACCUCCAGCGCCUGGACAGUAAGAUUUGCGCCACUGAAGUGGAAAACCUCAUGACACGACUCCAGCAUACUUUCAAACAAGAGAUGAACGGGGUUGGAGCCAGCCUAGAGAAGAGAUGGAAAUUUUGUGGUUUUGAAGGAUUGAAGACUGUCACCUGAACUUGAAGCCAGGAAUCCUUUGAACUCUUUAACAGAAUGUGCAAUAUUUGCAGUACGCAUAGAUACACGUUUCCGUUUGGGAAAACCGGUCCUUGAACUGCAUCAAGAAAAUUGGGGGCCGGUUUUUAAGGACUGUAAGGUUGUGGUUCUUGUUUUGUUGGUUUGUUCAUUACGCUAACGAGUCCUUUUUUCAAAGGAUUGCCAUGCACAACCUUGGGUUGAUACUGACCCUGUCUUUUGGAUCUUUGAUACUUUUUACAAUUCCCAUUGGCUAAAAACAUUUUAAUAGUUUCUUUGAACAUGACACACUCAGGCCUCUGUUUAAGGUUUUUACCAUUGAGAGCAGCUAAAAGAAAAUCAAUAAAGCAUUCAAUGACAUUGGAGACAUUUCUUUCCGGCCUCUCACAUCGUUUAAUAAUAUAGAGGUGCUCAAUAUUUAGAAGCAGAAAUUCAUGCAACAUUGCAACAAAAAUGUGUUGUGCGCAGUCCGUGUGGUUGGAAGAAAUAUCCAUCUGGUUCAGCUCCAAGCGGGGAGAAAGACACUGGAAACAUGGAGGCUGAUUGGAAAGAUGGUUUAUUGAUGAACAGGUCCACAUGGGUUUGAGGUCCUGGGCAGCUGACGAAUUGAUUUGGUGCAGGAAUGAAAUCCAGCAGGUUCUGACAGGUUUUGGAGAACCGGUAGCAGAAAUUUUGAGUAGUUCGGAGAACUGGCAAAUACCACCUCUGGCUGGCCCCAGAGUGAGGUGGGAAUGGAGAUUUUGCAGUAUCCUCCUGGAGUGGAGUGGGAAUGGAGAUUUUGCAACAUCCCUUCCCACAGGAGUCAGGAGAGAAUGGGGAUUUUGCAGUAUCCUUCCCCUGAAGUGCGAUGAAAAUGGAGAUUUUGCAGUAUCCUUCCCCGGCCAUGCCCACCAAGCCACUCCAUGCCCACCAAGCCACGCCUACAGAACCAGUAGUAAAAAAAAUUGGAUUUCACCACUUGUUUGGUCAGUACAUGGAUUUUUAUACAGUUCUGCAGCAUUUUGUAAUUUAGAGGCUUGUUUUGUGUAUUUUGUUAUUUGGUUUUAAUUAGUUUGUCUCAGGAAAGCAAUGAGUUGGGGUUUUUUAAUCUUGUUUAACAAAUGUAAUUAAUCCUAGAUGCUGGCUUCCUUGGGUUUUUAAAAUCCUGCCUUGAAUGGAUUAUCAAAUCUGCAUUUUUAAAAGUUGGCCCCUUAGCUUCUACUUGGGGGCAGAGAGCUGAGACUCGUGUUCCUCCUUUAGGGAAAAUAUAAUAUUCUGCCUUUUUUAAUAUUUCUCAAAAUACUUCAUUCUUCUAGGAGGGGUGGGUGCUAACUUUCUACAGUGUCAAAAGAGUGAAGAUUUCAAACUUGUUUAAAUUUGGAGU